GUGGACUUCCGGAAACGCUGUGACGAAACGUCCGGCCUGACUUUUUGUAAACAGCGAGCCGAAUCAAACAACCUCGAUGAAACGCUCAAAGAGCUGUUGUCAUGUGUAAAUUGACCGGCCGUCGCAUAGCAGAACGCCAGAAGUCUUGAUUCAGCUCAUUCGUAAAUCGUGUUCGCUUGUUUGUAUCGAUUCGCCGUUAGUUUGAACCGAACGACAACACGCUAGCUAGCCCUUAGCUAGCCAACAGCAAACCCCAGCGCCUUCUGACUGUAGGUAGCGUCAACACAACUGACCGACCAGCUUUAUUGUCUCUCCGCCGUCAGCCGCAGAAGGCAUUCCGUGGGUCUCAUUUUAAUGGGGAAUUGCCUGUCUUCACAAAGUGCCGAUGACUUGUCGCUCCUGAAUGAGCCCGAGGGUGCCAGUCUGCCAGGGGAGCCUCCACCGCCCUACCAGGAGCGUUCCCAGUCGGUACCAGUUUACCACCCCACCCCUGUUGAGAGUCGACCCGCCAGCCAACUGACUGAGGAGGAGCAGGUCCGCAUUGCCCAGCGUAUCGGUCUCAUCCAGCACCUACCGAAAGGCAUCUUUGACCCGGGCUCUGAGCCCUCCGACAAGAAAGUGAAAGAGUGUGUGAUCUGCAUGAUGGACUUUGAGUAUGGCGAUCCCAUUCGGUUUUUACCCUGUCUCCACACCUACCACGUGGACUGCAUUGACCCCUGGCUGAUGCGCUCCUUCACCUGCCCUUCCUGCAUGGAGCCGGUAGAUGCUGCCCUACUGUCCACUUAUGAAACCAACUGAGCAACCCCCUCAUGGCUGCUUCUGCCUGAUACACAAGUAUACCUAAUAAGCCCAAAUGCUCCCAAGGAAAGGUUGCAUUACACUGUAGUUGGGAGGGUGGUUUAGUAUGCAUAUAUAUAUAUGUAUGUAUGCUGAAAAUUGGUGUUGGCAGAUUUUGGCCAAGAAAAGUAUUUGCCUUUAAUUAUAGGACAUGCCAAAUAAAUAUCAAAUGAAGGAAAAAGAAAAGAAGAUAUUACUACAUGCUAAGUUUACUUUGAAAUGGCUCUCAUUAAGAGAUGGUUCAUGAUUUUCAUGGUGAUUGAAUUUGUGAAACCAGUGUCAUUUACUUGCCCCACAAAUAUCCCUUUUCCACAAGAAAAAGAAUCACUCUUUCAAAAAUCGACACCUGAGCUGACAUAGCACAGACAUCACUUUCUAUUAUGAUGAGCAGAACAGGAGGCAAAGAGUCAUUAUUGUGUUCUUUCCAGAAUACUUACGGCCUUGAAUGUCUCUUAAGUCCUUUCUGGAAAUGCAAACAUCAAAAACAAUAAUAUCCUUUAUUCCCAACACCUGAAUAACAAAAUGUGUCAUUAUAGCCUAUGAGGAGAUUUUGGAUGUAUGUGUGGUUUAAUGGGUUUUUUCUUUCCUUUUUUUUUCCUUUCCUUUUUUUUCUUCUUUUUUUUUUUGUUUUUUGUUGUUGUUUUUGUCACAUGCCUCUAAGCUGCUUUUAAAAGAGUAGGUCUGUUGUUUUGUGUUUCCACAGUAUGGAUCCUUUAUUUUGCUUUUACUUUUUAUUCUCUACUUGAACUUUUGUUUUUUGGAUUUUAGUUAAAUUUUAGUGACAAAAACAAAUAUGCUAUAAGUCACUCUCAAAGCACCUUGGAAUACCCUACAUCCGGCACUCUGUAGCGCAAAGGAAUAGUAGAUGAUUGUGUGUGUGUGUGUGUGUGUGUGUGUGUGUGUGUGUGUGUGUGUGUGUGUGUGUGUGUGUGUGUGUGUGUGUGUGUGUGUGUUGGUUUGUGUGAAAGAGAAUGACUCGCUUUAUGUAGAGUACAUUUUGAAUUUAUCUUCGUAAUUGUUGGCAGGCCUUGUUGCAGUUGUGCCUGUUUCAUUGUCUAGCGUUUUUUGUCAGAAGACAGUGUUGGAUCUUGUUUUGUAAUUGAUGGUCUCCCUAUAGCACGUUAUCCCGUUGUGGUCACGUGACAUUUUCAGGGCUCUUGGGCCUGGAGAACAAGGUUUUGGAAUGAGAUUUGUUGUCUUAUAUUGAUUAUAAUUUAUGAUACAAACGAGGGUUGUGAAAGCAUAGCUGCAGCAGUGGAAGGGCAUGAUGCAUGGAGGAAAGUCUGAAUGUAGAGGAGCAGCGUUAUUUCAAUGAGCUCAUAUACCUGAACAGUAUUUGAAGUCUCGUAACUUAGUUCAGGAGACAAUAAGACUACAGUUCUGUUUUACUCAAGCUGCUGUGCCUUCUUAAGUUUUAGUGAACCAACUCCUGUGAAGUACAAUCAUUAUAGUUGCAACAUUGUUUUUUUGUUUUGUUUUUUCUUUUUUUUUUUUUUUCUUUUUUUCUUUUUUUUUUUGAUCUCUGAGCAGAAAUGUGAUACCAGCAUAGUGCUGACUUUUUGUCCCGUAUGACGGCGUAGGCCUGUGAAGAAAGCUGAGGUCUGCUCUGGCUGCUGUCACAAUCAUUUAGUCUUUUCUUUUGUAAUGUGUGCGACCAGGGCACAGCUUUUAGGAAAAUGUUGACCACAAUAAAAGUGGGUACCAAAAUUCUCUUGUGAGUGUGUUGUGUUCACUGUAUUUAAAGGCCUGUCAUUUGAGGGAAUGAAAGGACCGAGGUGUAGUUUUUAAUCUAAAUUGCAGCAGUUACAGAUUUGUACGGAUAACUGUGAAUCCGUCGGAUGGUUUGCACUUCAGUUCGGGGAAAAGGUUUUGACAACCGCUAAAAUUCCGUGCAUGUAAUAGUAUUUGUUUUUCCAAAUUAAUGUUAUAUAGUAUGCAUUGUUUAUAAUCAAGUAAUUAAUUUCUAACACAUACACACCUGUUUGGCUUAUACAGUGUUUAUAUCAA